AGAAAAGAGGUAAAAAGGAGACAGAAAAAACUUUUUAAGGAAAGGAGAAAAAAGAAGAGAGAGAAAAGAAGAAAGAGGAAGAAAAAGAGAGAGGGGGGGGAGAAGAGAGAAGGA